UCCAAUUAAGUUGGCUAUGCCAAAGCGGACGCAUCUGGGCGUGGCGCUCAAUUUGACAUGCUCGUUUGCAACUUGCUGAGUGACCCUUUAGAAACACAGGCGCCCAAAUUGAGAGCAUAGUUUGCGCGGCAGUGUAUUUAAUUUAUUCUGUUUUAACAAUUUUAUAAAUGGAGGUCCAUAAACAACGUAACGGAUGUCCGACAUCCCCAUCCUUGAAGCUGUCAAAUGGUUACAUUUUACCUGAGGGUAAAAUGACACCAAACACCCUUUUUGUGGGAGGAAUUGACAUGAAGGUGGAUGAGACAGAAAUCCGGGAUUUUUUUGCCAGAUUUGGUGCUGUCAAGGAAGUGAAAAUCAUCACUUACCGUGGCGGCAUUUGCAAGGGGUAUGGAUUUGUUUACUUCAAUGAAGAUGUGGACAUCCAGACCAUUGUUGACCAACAAGUCAGCUUUAAAGGGAGGAAACUGAAGCUGGGCCCAGCCAUUAUGAAGGAGCGAAGCCCUCGUUCCAUACCGCCUCACCUGAUUGGCCCUGCUCCCUGGAUGAACCCAUCCCAGUACAUCUACUGCACCUGCUGCCCUCCAAUGGGAGGGGGUAUGGCUCCACUCUCACCUGUUCUUAACAGCAGCAGUCCAUACGUACAGGGUUACUCGUAUUCCAACCUUCCAGGAUUCGUGAUCCCACAGAUCCCCAUGAACUACUCACAGGCUGCCUAUGCAACUGCCUAUGCAUGCCAGUACGCCGCACCUCACUGGGCUGGAGAGCAGAGGACACCACUUGUCAACCAGCCGGCUCAUUAUGUGAUGUGAUGCCCCGUUUCCAACCUUUGUGGACAGUGGAGUCCAGACUGCUGACUCUGCUGUAGUCCACAGCCCACUCUCUCUGCCAACUUUGCCAGGAGGCUGCUCAGAGACACCAAGGCAACCUGAUAUUCGCAGAGCUAGAAGCAACUCUGGACUUUAAGACGUUUCCAGGAUGUCCUCUCUGUUUCCUCCGGCUGUCCAUCCCUCACUUGAGAAACAUUUUAGUAUGCAAAACCGCCUGGCACUUUCACAUGCACUCAACAAGCACACUUGCUCUGACCUGUGAUUGGCCGGGACCCCGACCCUGUGUUUGAACUGCUUUUUAAACCACCCCUACCACACGGGGAUGGGGGAAGUGAAAGGUGGAGCCUUGACUUGUAUACAACAGGGGAAAUGUGUGGUGAUGCUACUUUGGUGCUUUUGUUCUCCAUGCCAGACUAACAAAAGAAAAGAGACUUUUUAAAGCUCACUAUUUAUAUUUUAUGUUUAAUUAUUUUAAUGUUUGUUUGGUUUUUCUUUUUGGGAUCCUUUUUGCAAUGGUUUUCUGUACAUAGAUUGAAAUACAGCUGAGUCUACCUUGUGAUUAACUCAAGUUAAAAUCCCAUCCGUGCUCUUCUGAUUAAGAUAAAACGAGUGCAUCCAAAAUGGGAAUAUGACACGUUGUGACAGUGAGUGCUUACGUGGUUAUUUAGAUUCUUUAUUUAAUUCACUGGGUGUUCACGCGUGUCACAUUUAUUACUGUAACUGCCUGAAUAAGUUACUUUUGUCACUAACUUUAUUUAAAAUUUUGCACUAACAUCACUGACUUACUUUCUAAAGACACAUGCCUUUUCAGUUUGGGUUGUUAGUUUUAUAUUGCAUGUAGAAUUGGGUGCACUGUUCCGAUGUUCUGUAACCCUGUUUUACUGUGACAACGUUUUAUAAACAGUUCUGACUCUAGCAGUAUGCUGGAGGAAAAUCAUUGCAUCAAUUUCCCCUGUAGGUGUUGAUAAACUUUAAUUUGCAGUCCAACCAACAGGGUUCUGGGAACUGUUUUAAUUUACUCUGAAAAUGAAGGACAUAACCAUAACCACAAUUUGUUCCAUCACAACUGUUAAUCGUUUGAAGUUUAAGAAGUUUACUUGAACCUUGUUAACUUUUCAUUUAAUGCACUUUCUGCACUGUUUUGAUUUGUGUGUGUGCAAAAAAAACGAUUUGCAAAUGGGAUUUAUUUAUUGUAGAAGUAAUUGCACCGAUCUUUUCAUUUAAUCGUGCAACACUUUCCUGCCUUUAAAGGGAUUGUGGGAACUUUUACAAUGACAUUUGUCCUUUAUUGUUGUCCUGUUCAUCUAUUGUAAAUCUGGUCCCUUGAUUUCCUUGGCAUUUCACUUGGUUUUGUUUGUGGUGUUUGUGUUGACCAAUGUAUGGUUUGAUUUGUUAGGUUUUUUUUGUCAAAUAAAUAAAGUUUAA